AUGACCUCGGCACAUACCUUGCCUGCCACCACGACCUUUACAUGUCUGGCAGCUUUUGUGGUUGCGUUCCGGCUAUGGACGCGCUUUCGGCUCGUGAAAUCCCCCGGGUGGGAUGAUAUGCUCAUCCUGGUUGCAAUGGUAGGACGACACACACAUAUCCUGAAGACCGGAACUGACAUUGGAAUAUCAUUUCAGAUCUUUAGUCUUGUAUUCUAUGCCUUCAUCAUGAUUGAGAGACACUUCGGAAUGGGUCGUCCUAUGGAUGAUCUCUCGGAUGGGCAGAAAGUAGAUAUGAUGCAUUUCCUCUGGCUCUCCAUCCCCUUCUACAACGCCGCCCUUAUUUUCUGCAAACUGUCCGCCCUGGUCUUCUUCACCCGCAUCUUCCGAAACCGCACGUUCCUCCUGCUCGUCAAAAUAUUCGCCGGAUGCCUUAUCGCAGCAGGUCUGUGGAUGGUCACCAGCGCAUUUGUUUUCUGCAUCCCCGUCCAUGACUUUUGGAGUCUGUCUCGCAAAGUCCGCAGAGAGCACUGUCUUAGUGAGGACAUUGUCUGGUUCACCAAUGCAGGUAUCCAGAUUUUGACGGAUCUGGUCAUCUUGGUCUUGCCCAUGCCGCUUAUCUCGAAGCUGCAGUUGCCAACACGGCAGAAGGCGGGUAUCAUGCUUGUGUUUGGUCUUGGAGUUUUUGUCGUUGCGACCAGCUCUGUUCGGUUAUAUGAACUGGAACAAAUGACCCAUCACAAUGAUUAUACCAAGAAAAACGCCUACGCGGCCAUCUGGUCAUCUCUUGAAGCCAACAUCUCCAUAAUCUGCGCCUGUCUCCCACCACUAUACCCACUACUCUCGCGGAGCUUCUCCUUCUGCUUCCGCCCGCAACCACUACACUCCUCUCCAGGCUCCAAACCCACCCACACCUCAAACGUUAAACACUCAAUGCCGGGAUCCCGCAGAUCAUCGAUUUACGAACGCGGCUUCGGGGUCGGAAUCGGUCUCGACGGCGGCGUUUUCUUCAACGAGCAUUUCCAGCCCGCGCCAGGCGGAUAUUCCGCCAGCAUUAGUAAAGUGAGGACUGACAACGAAGACCCCACGACAUGCGAUGGCGAGACCGGGAUCCGUGUCGUGCGCGAAUUGAGACUUGAGUCUGAUACGGCUCCUGAUCCUUUUGCUGCUACCAUGGGCGCUGGUGGUAGUAGUAACAGUCCUAGACCGAGCCCUUUUUUGGGGGCUAAUGAGAAACAGGAUCGGGAUCUGGAGAUGGGGGUCUCUACUGAGGGAGAGCCGAAGAGUUGGAAUUCUACCAUUGAGUGGGAUUUGGGAGACUUCGAGUUUCCUGAUUAUAAGGAGCGGAUGAAUGCUCCGAUUUGA